AUGGACUCCCCCGUGUCCUCCCUUUCCGAUGGUUCCAACCCAUUCGCUAGGCCCGAGCCUCCAACCAUUGUCGAUGUCUAUGACCACAACAUCAACGAACAUUUUCCCAUCUAUCUUGAUCAAUCGAGCUCCUCCUACUACGUGUGGAAGACCUACUUCAACCUUGUCUUCCGUGAGUACUACCUCGCCAAGCACAUCGACGGCUCUGUCGACAGCGCGGUCAUGAAGGGUGACCCGGAGUGGUCCACCAUUGAGGCCACGCUCAUCCGGUGGUUCUACCUCACCAUCUCGAAGGACAUCUUCCACACGAUUGGCACCGAGGACGACGACGCUUGCACCAUGUGGAACAAGAUCAACGCGCUCUUCACCGAAGAAAAUCAUGUCAGUUUACUUGCAAAGAUUUCAUGUUCCAACGCACUGAAAAUUCACAUCACUGCCUCGAUCUUCUUUCUCCAAUCUUGGAUUAGGGAAGAAGGAGAUAUUCGCGACUACUGGACUGAUGGACUUACCAAUCUUGAUCGUUACAAAGGACGAUGCUAUCACAUCGAGCCUGUUGCUGGGGAAGACAACCAAUGGAUCUGUUAUGUAGCUUAUCCAUUAGACCUAUUUGAAGAGGGUUCCGUUACUAACAAGUUUACUUCCAUUGUAGGUAACGUAUUUGGUUUCAAAGCCCUACGUGCUCUACGUUUGGAGGAUCUACGAAUUCCCCCUACUUAUUCAAAAACUUUCCAAGGCCCGCCUCAUGGUAUCCAAGUUGAAAGAGAUAAGUUGAACAAGUACGGUCGUCCUUUAUUGGGAUGUACUAUUAAACCAAAAUUGGGAUUAUCCGCAAAAAAUUAUGGUAGAGCGUGUUACGAGUGUCUACGUGGUGGACUUGAUUUUACCAAAGAUGAUGAAAACGUAAACUCACAACCAUUUAUGCGCUGGAGAGACCGUUUUGUCUUUUGUGCCGAAGCUAUUUAUAAAUCACAGGCCGAAACCGGUGAAAUCAAGGGGCAUUACUUGAAUGCGACUGCGGGUACAUGUGAAGAAAUGAUUAAGAGAGCUGUAUUUGCAAGAGAAUUAGGGGUUCCUAUUGUAAUGCAUGACUACUUAACUCAGUGGUAG